GAAACCGCUCGGCAGAGAGACUCAGACGCACACACAGCAGCGCAGCAGCGGCCAGGAUAACACGAUUAGCGCUCUAUUAGGGACUGCUGCCGAGCCACCACUAGAUGCGGAGCUGGGAUCACAGUCCGGGGUGGGAGAAGAGAGUGCUAAAGGAGACGAGAGAAUGAAUCCACAGCGUGUCCGUCACCACAUGGGUAAAGUGGAGGGUCUGUGGUGGUUAUUGGCGUGCGUAAACGAGUUAUCCAAGCUCAGCUGCGCCCGGCACCCGCUUGACAGUGACACCGCUUAAUGUCUCAGAUUAAAUAAUCCUCGUCAUAACUUCAAAAGUGCACAAUGAAGCCGAUAAACGUCCAAACGCUGCAGAACAAGUACUCGAUCGACCUGCUUCAUCCCGCCGGCUCUGACUAGAACCUGACGAUUCACAGUGGAUGACCGCUUCUUUUUUUUUUUUUUCUUUUUUUUUUAUCAACCUCACGUGAAUCCGACGAGAGACGCCAGGAAUUAAGGGAGGAACGAACGGAAGGGAGGAAGGAACAAAAAAUAGGAAGCUGAGGGAGGAAGGAAGCCGGUCCAAAACCGAUCAUCAUCAUGGCAGGGUUGGACAACGAGACCACCAACGGGACCCUCUCGGUCCGUGCGCCCUACAGCCUCCACAUCUCAGUGUCCCUCACCGCGCUGGUGGGCAUGCUGAUCCUGCUCACCGUGUUCGGCAACGUGCUGGUGGUCAUCGCCGUGUUCACCAGCCGCGCCCUGCGGGCCCCGCAGAACCUCUUCCUGGUGUCGCUGGCGUCGGCCGACAUCCUGGUGGCCACGCUGGUCAUGCCCUUCUCCCUGUCCAACGAGCUGCUGGGCUACUGGUACUUUGGCAAGGUGUGGUGCGAGAUCUACCUGGCGCUGGACGUGCUCUUCUGCACCGCCUCCAUCGCCCACCUCUGCGCCAUCAGCCUGGACCGCUACUGGUCCAUCACGCAGGCCAUCGAGUACAACCUGAAGCGCACGCCGCGCCGCAUCAAGUGCAUCGUGGUGGUGGUGUGGGUGAUGGCCGCUGUGAUCUCCUUCCCGCCGCUCAUCGGCCUGGAGAAGGAGGUGGACAAGGAAGAGGGCCCCGUGUGCAGCAUCAACGAGGAGAGGUGGUACAUCAUCGCCUCCAGCAUCGGCUCCUUCUUCCUGCCCUGCGUCAUCAUGGUGCUGGUCUACGUGCGCAUCUACCAGAUCGCCAAGCGCCGCACGCGGGCGCCGCCCGGGAACAAGCGGGGGCCGCGGGAGAUGCAGGCCAUAAAGCCCGCUGCCGCGUCCGAGCGCAAGAAGAACGGCAUCGGAGGAGGAGGAGGCGGCGGCGCGGUCGCCCAUGACGACGACGGCGGCGGCGGCGGCGGCAAUAAAGGGGGCGCCGGCGAGCCGCUCUGCCACGGGAAGCUCAACGGCGGGCCAGGGACGGCGGUGGCGGCGGCGGACGGGGGGGAGGCGAGGGGAGGGGAGGAGGACGAGGAGGACGAGGAGGGGGAGAACAACGGCAUGGACCUGGAGGAGUCGUCGUCCUCCGACCACCACAAGGUGAGCCGGCCCUGCUCCCGCAAGUCCUCGGGGAAGACCAAGCUGAGCCAGGUCAAGCCGGGGGAGGGGGGGGAGGGGGCGGGCCCGCCGGCGGGCACGACGUGCGCGGCGGGCUCGGCGGAGGCGGGGGGGGGCCAGCAGCUGCAGCAGCAGCGCACCCGCCGCCAGAGCACCAAGGGCAGCCGCUGGAAGGGGCGGCAGAACCGCGAGAAGCGCUUCACCUUUGUGCUGGCGGUGGUGAUCGGCGUGUUCGUGGUGUGCUGGUUCCCCUUCUUCUUCACGUACACGCUGACGGCGCUGUGCGACAGCUGCUCGGUGCCAAACACCCUCUUCAAGUUCUUCUUCUGGUUCGGCUACUGCAACAGCGCGCUGAACCCCAUCAUCUAUACCAUCUUCAACAACGACUUCCGCCGCUCCUUCAAGAAGAUCCUGUGUCGCGGGGACCGCAGGAGAUAUGUAUGAACGAUUGUGGGGGGGGGGGGGGAACUCCCCUUUUAAGGACCUUUUAAGGUUGUUUCUUUGUACAUUUCUAUACACACAAGCACCCUGUACAGUUCGGUGACAUGGCGCAUGGAUUCAUCAAGGCUUCAGACCUGUCUCGCGGAGAUUCCCUCGCCCCGCUCUCCCUCCCAGGCCCGGCCCCCCUGGAGUUCAGCAGAGCCCGUUCGAUAUUUCCAUUUUUGACUCGAAACGCCCCAAAAAACACUCGCAGCUUGGACCAGCUCACCGCGUUCCAAAGCAACAACGGCCCGACCGCCGCCGGCGAUUGUCUCAUGUGGGUUUUAUACCGAUGAUGACAAAAUGGGGACCGAUGAGGCCAAUCAGAGGCGUGAUGAGUAUUGUGCCGUACGUUGUGUAAAAAUAACAAGAUGUGUGGAUAUGAUGUGUCUCUAUAUUUUUCAUGUUGUUUCCUGGAGUAUUGUGGCUCUUUUCUAUGAUGUGAUGAUGGUGACGAUGUGGGUGAUGGGGCGGGAGGCUGGUCUGUAAAGAAUAAACCCCAUUUCCCUGUG